UACAGCGACCCACAGUUGCACUUUGUUGUCACCGGCAAAGCCACGAUGGAAAAUUAGACUUUGUGAAUAAUGACGUUAAAACGGGACAAAGGUAGAAAGUGCCUUUCGUCUAGACACUCUGGCAGCAUUUUUGCAAGUCGUGACAACAACGUGGUAGCGAGCGUUCUCAAAAGUAACCACCGCAUUGUGAGGAAAGUUUCACUGGUCCGCACAUUGGUGUCGUUUCGAUGCGUUUGUGUUUAACUGCACUUGUAGCCGUUUCCCAAGAUGUCUGAAGCAGUGUCGGGUGACAAUCAAGGUCCUUGCACAGAUAGUGCUGUACGAAAGCUACGCUUGCCUCGUAAAGACUAUACCGCUCUCUUGAAUCCUGCACCGCUCGAUGGCGAUACAGAUACGUCCGACGACCCCGACUAUGUGGGGAACACAAACAGCGAAGACGCUCGAAUGAGUCCGUCCUGCUUCACCUGUGUGAUCUGCUUCGCCGACGCACCCGACAAGUGCUCGCACCUGGAACACCUCGCGGCGGCACAUCCAAACCUGAAGACUCACUGCCUCGCGUGCGAGUCUCAGUACGACAGAUACGCGGACUACACCAAACAUCUGCGCGACUGUCACCCGCGGGUGCUGCAGUCUAUCGACGAGGCGAAAGGCCUGCACUGCCUAGAGUGCGGCAAGGGGUUCAACAAGAAGUCCUACCUCUACCAACACCGGGCUCAACACUUCAUGCUGAAUCGCGUCCCGUGCGAUGUAUGCGGGAAAUCGUUCCUCGAAGGAGCCAUGUUGGAGCGGCACUUGGACACCCACAAGGAGCCAAGCACGCACAAGUGUUCCCGCUGUCUGCGCACCUUUCGAAGCGCGCUCGGUUUGGCCAGGCACGACCGAGCGCACCGGCGCCACAAACACUUCUGCCAGGUUUGUGGCACCUUCUACCAAACAGCGAUUGCCCUGGAAGUUCACAAUUGCACCACGCACCGAGACAGGGACGACCGGCACUGUUGCUCCCUGUGCCAGAAGGAGUACAGCAGCGCUGACUGUCUGCGCCAGCACAUGACGCACAAGCACGGCAGCAAGAUGGGUGGCGAGCAGUCGUUCUCCUGCGACAUCUGUGAUCGACGCUUUAGAUGGAAGUCAAGUUUGAAGAUGCAUGUUAAGCUUCACCAAGCAAUGGACACCGAUGUGAAGGUGUUUAAGUGCAUAAAGUGUGACCAGAUGUGUCCCAGCCAGUGCUCUCUCAAGGCUCACAUGAUCAAGCAUAGCGACCGUAGGCUGUUCCCCUGCAAAAUCUGCGGCAUAUCUUUCAAACGCAAGUAUGCCCUGAAGGAGCACUCCGAAGCGGUGCACCGUAUCGAGAAGAACUUCCAGUGCGCUGCCUGUGGUCAGACCUUUGUUGUGAAACGGUACCUCGAUGCGCACUUCAAGCUGGCACAUGUACCUGGCCCACAGUCAUUCACGUGCAGUGACUGUCCAAAGGUCUUUAAGACGGGAAAAAGCCUCAAGUCUCACUGGCGCACCUGCCACGGUGACAUCCCAAAGGGUCACAUCUGCGACAUUUGUACCAAGGCGUUUGCAUCAUCUAAAGACCUCAAACGGCAUGCUCUCAUUCACAGUGGCGACCGACAGUUUGAGUGCGGAGACUGUGGCUCUGCCUUUUACAGAGUGGACAAUCUGAGGCGCCACCAAAAACAGGCCUGCAAGUACAAGGACCUUUGAUUGUGGCCUCCUGUACAGGUUCCUGAGGAGCGCUUUUAUCUUGUGUACUGCGGAAGGGUACAUAUAUUUGAGUGCUGGAUGAUUACUAUCAAGAAACUGUGGUAUAGACCUUUUUUCACGGAAA